CCCCGCUCCAGCCCGGCCGGCGGCGGGGCGGGCAGGCGGCUGCAGCCCGAGCCGGGGCACUGGGUCCGGCUGCGCUCGGCGCCGGGGCUCGGAGAGCAGCGCUGGGUCCCCCAGGAGGACAGAGCCGAGGAUGAACCAGCCGGGACUGUGCACCCGUCAGCGCUGGAGGCCGGAGAGCUGAGCUGUGGGAUCCGGGAGGGAGCGUCGUCCCGCCCAGCUCCAAGAUGUCCUGUUUUGGGGAACAUUUCUGGGGAGAGAAGAACCAGGGCUUCGAUGUGCUCUACCACAACAUGAAGCACGGGCAGGUCUCCACCAAGGAGCUGGCCGACUUCGUCCGCGAGAGGGCCACCGUGGAGGAGACUUACGGCAAGUCCAUGGCCAAGCUGGCCAAGAUGGCCACCAAUGGCACACAGCUUGGGACGUUCGCGCCGCUCUGGGAGGUGUUCCGGGUCUCCUCCGACAAGCUGGCACUCUGCCACCUGGAGCUGGUGAAGAAGCUGCAGGACCUGCUGAAGGAGAUCGCCCGCUACGGGGAGGAGCAGGGCAAGGCGCACAAGAAGUGCAAGGAGGAGGUGUCGGGGACUCUGGAGGCCAUCCAGCUGCUGCAGGGCGUCGCCCAGCUGGUGCCCAAGUCCAAGGAGAAUUAUCAGAGCAAGUGCCUGGAGGCCGAGCGCCUGCGCCGGGAGGGAACCAACCAGAAGGAGCUUGACAAGGCUGAGCGGAAGUCGAAGAAAGCGGCUGAGGCCCUGCGCCGCGCAGUGGAGAAGUACAACAUCGCCCGGGCCGACUUUGAGCAGAGGAUGCUGGACUCGGCCGUGCGGUUCCAGGAGCUGGAGGAGAGCCACCUGCGCCACAUGAAGGGGCUGAUCAGCUCCUACUCGCACUCCGUGGAGGACACACACGUGCAGAUCGGACAGGUGAGCGCCGCGGGGGAGUCCCCAGACACCGACUUGACCUGCCCCGAUGUGGACGAGGAGGGAUUCACUGUACGGCCUGACCUCAACCAGAGCAGCUCGGGCGGGACCCACGGCUGCUCGUCCAGCGACUCGGACUACGAGGACGAGGAUGAGCCCCGCAAGUUCUACGUCCGCAUCAAACCCCUGCAGCCCUGCGACGCUGCGGGCAGCGGCCAGGCCGCCGUGGAGCAGCUCAAGGCGACGGUGGGGAACCUGCCCCUGCCCCCCAGCACCGGGGGCACAGUGAAGAGACAGGUCUGCAGGCACUUACCGGUAGCGACAACCAUCACGGUGAACGUGGGCUCUGACGUGGCCCUGGGUACAGGUGAGGAGCCCGGGAAGCUGCAGCCUCCCCACCCCGCCGCGUGGACUCCCAGCUGCGCAGGGAAGCCCCGGCCGGACGCAGUCCCUUCUGCAGCCCUGUUCGGGCCCCCGCUGGAGUCGGCCUUCGAAGCGGAGGAUUUCCCAGCGUCCCGAGCCUGCGGCCUGGGCUCCAGCCCGUCUCCCUUCUCCUCCUCGUCUCCAGAGAACGUGGAAGACUCGGGGCUGGACUCCCCCUCGCACCCCCCCACGGGCCCCUCGCCGGACUCCAGGCCCUGGACGCCCCAGAGCCCCCUCACCAGACGGUCCGCCAAGGGCUCCCCGCGGCUCCAAGAGGAGCGGGGCGUCCUGCCCCCCACGACGGCCGCCUCGGAGGAGCAGAGCGCCUGGCUGCCCCCGCCCGCCAGCCCCACCGGGUGGCCCCAGGACACCCCCUGCUUUGCCGCCUUCGGAGAGGACUCGGGGGCGGGGUCUCAGCACGACUCCCGUUGCCCCAGCACCACGGCCCCUUCGCCCGACCCCUCCGGGGACCCCGAGGCCUGGGCGGCCAGGCCUCCGAGUCCCGGCUCGGAGGAGGCCCUGCAGCCCUGCAAGCAUGGGGCCUGCCCCCCCUCCCACUCCUCGGCCUCUCCGGUGCCCCACAGCUGCAGGGAGCCCUCCGGCCCCUCCCCGUGGACUCCCCAGGGGCCCGGCCCCAGGCUGUCAGACAGCAGCACGCCCGCAGCUGAGCCCGAUCCUCCCCCUGCCCCCGCCCCGCCCAGCGCCGCCCCCAAGGUGGCCCCCCCGCGGCGAUCCAGGACGAAGAGGCUGUCGACGGGGCAGGCCGCCUGCAGCCACAGUGACCCGUCCCGCUCCCUGUGCCCCUCUCCCCUGUGGAAUUCUGGCCCUUUCCACUCAGCUCCGGCCAGCCUGGGCGAGCGCAGCUUCUUCACGGUCUCGCAGCCGGCGCUCGGGCUCUCCCGAGGCCCCAGCCCCGUGGUGCUGGGAUCCCAGGAUGCCCUUCCCGUGGCAACCGCCUUCACCGAGUACAUCCAUGCCUACUUCAAGGGUCAGGACCCUGACAGCUGUCUGGUGAAGAUCACGGGCGAGCUCACCAUGUCCUUCCCCGCCGGCAUCGUCCGCGUCUUCAGCGGGAGCCCGUCCCCGCCCGUCCUGAGCUUCCGCCUGCUCAACACGGCACCGAUCGAGCAGUUCCUGCCCAGCGCCGAGCUACUGUACAGUGACCCAUCCCAGAGUGACCCCAGCACCAAGGACUUCUGGCUGAACAUGCCUGCGCUGACCGGGCACCUGCAGAAGCAGGCGGAGCAGGCCCCGGCCGCCUCCUACUACAACGUGGCCCUUCUCAAGUACCAGUUCUCUAAGCUGGGCCCGAGCGCGGCCCCCCUGCAGCUGGCCGUGCGCUGGGACUGCACCGCGGCCACCACCCAGGUCAGCGUGGAGUACGGGUACAACGCCGGUGCCAUGCCCGCGCCCAGGCCCCUCACCAAUGUCCAGGUGCUGCUGCCCGUGGAGGAGCCGGUCGCCAAUGUGCGGCUGCAGCCUGCGGCCAGCUGGAACCUGGAGGAGAAGCGGUUGUUGUGGAGGCUGCUGGACGUUCCUGGGGCCCCGGAUCGUGGCGGCUGCGGCCACCUCUCUGCCAGCUGGGAGCCCCUCUACGGCCCCAGCAAACCCAGCCCCGUGGCGGCCCAGUUCACCAGCGAGGGCAGCACCCUGUCGGGCGUGGAGGUGGAGCUGGCGGGCAGCGGGUACAGGAUGUCGCUGGUGAAGAAGAGAUUCGCCACAGGCAUUUAUCUGGCUGGCUCCUGACUGGCUGCCCUCGUCCCCCUGUUCAUGGCUGGUUUUAAAGCCCCAGCGGCCGUUGGCUCGUUCAGCCUCUUGUUGCCCCCGGGGGUUUCUCUGCUGUUGGAUUUUUAAACACUGGAACAAAGUCAGAUCUGGAGGGAGGGGAGUGGGGGUCCGGCCCCUGGCCCGUGAGAGGAGCGAUGGUGCUGGGCUGGGGUCCAGCCCCUGGACGGGACGAGCGGCUGAGUUGCACUGGACAGAGAACAGCCCUGCUCCCUGUUUGCCUAACUCCUCCCCUGCCCCCCACUGGCCAAGCUGGGGUCCCCGGGUCUCCCCCUGGCGAUGGAACAGAGCCGUCCACUCUCCCAGCUGCUGUACGGGGGUGGGGGGAGGAGGGGAAGCUGGGGGGGGGGUCGUCACCCUUUUAAUAAACACUUUAUUUUCUAAUAAAA